AUGACCCGGAAGCAGGUUGCAGGGUACAGCCUUGAGAGGCGUAUCGGCAAGGGUUCCUACGCCACUGUGUGGAAAGGCCGUGAUGACAGCAACGAGUCUGUCGCCGUCAAGGUCAUCAGCCGCCAGACAGUGACUGAAACAGCGCAGCUGCGGCAAGAGGUAGAGGUCCUGCGCAAAAUAUCUCAUCCGAACAUAGUGCGAUUCCGGGACCUGAAGAAAAGCGCCGCUCACUUCUACCUUGUGUUGGAGUACUGUGCUGGUGGAGACUUGUCACAAUUCCUGCGAGAGAAGGGUCGAGUUCAAGAGGAGACGGCACGGCGGUUUCUCACCCAAAUCGCAGAGGGGCUUUCUGUGCUACACCAGGUCAACGUGCUGCAUCGCGACUUGAAGCCGCAGAAUAUCUUACUUAGUGAUAGCUCGAUGGACCCGGUGCUCAAAAUCGCGGAUUUCGGAUUCGCCCGAGCACUUCCUCCGCAAGAUAUGGCUGCCACCGUGUGCGGGUCACCCUUGUACAUGGCUCCAGAGAUCCUACGCCACGAGCCGUAUGACGCGAAAGCAGAUCUGUGGUCAGUCGGUGCUAUACUCUUCGAGCUCCUCAUGGGAAGGACGCCGUUUUCGGGAGCCAAUCCCAUGCAGCUCCUGGCAAACAUCGAGAAGAGCCCGGAGCUGUCUUUCGAGGGCGUGCAGCUCUCACCAGAAGGCCAGAAGUUCCUCCGAGCGCUCCUCGUCAACGCGGAACAGCGGCUCUCCAGCCAGGCCUUCAUGCAGCAUCCUUAUGUGCGUCUUUCUUCUACGGCCCUAAUGCCUCCGCAGGCAUCGGUGACUGACGAAAGCCCAAGUCCACCAAGCAAUGAACACCAGGAGGAAAUGGCUGCCGAAGGCAGCUUCAUCAUGACGGAUUGGGUCUCCGACCCUAAGGAUGGCCUCCCCAAAUCGGGCGCAGCUUCACCGGCAUCGCCGAUUCUGGCAUCGCCUCUGUCGUGCCACUCCCCAGAGGAGAGCCCCAGAGACGCAGUGGAGGCGCAUGGAGGCUUCGUCACAGCCAGCAGCAGCGCCAGUGGCCAAGACGCGACGCCUGGCGAAGGCAGCGAUCCCGUGAAGAAGGUCGAAGAGCUCUCUGCAUCGGAGGCGGCAAGACCUCAUUCCGAGACUCGGGGAGUGCCUGGCACGUCUGGACAAUCUGGCUCAGAUGCAAUGUCUGGCAAGGUUUCACCUUUCAUGGCCCAGGUCAUUGCGGAAGCAUGCCGAGAGCGUCCAAAGGACGCUGCCCGCGAGGAGGCUCCAGCUGCAGCUCCGAACUAUUUUCGGAUUCGGAGGAAUGGAAGCGUGGAUGAAGAGUAUGUGGUCGUGACCUCCAACACCCCAACCUCUUUCGCCCGUGGAAAAGGCCCUACACCAGCAGCUGCAGCAAGCGGAUUUUGCAGCAACUUGAGUCGAAUCGCCCGCGCAUUGGAGCAGCUUGCCAUGAGGCUUGCAGAACAUGCCCCUGUGGAAGCGCUGUCGCUCCUCCUGCGCGCUCUGGCACUCCUCGAAAAGGCUCUGAAAGUGUCUUUGGAUGAUGAGCAGAUGGGCGCACCACUGCGUAGUGACUUCUCGCGGACAUUGGCGUCUGCUGAGGAGGUCGAAAAGCAAUUGAGAGCAGCUAUUUCCACAGAGUCUACAUCCCAACCGAACCGUGCAAUUUUCGAGUCCGCAGUGCAGCACGCGAAAGAUGCGGCGGUCGUCCUUUCUAAGGGCCACGAGGCUGGUGGCUGGGAGGCCGCCUGCCACGAGAAGCUGACUUUGGCACUGCUUCUGCUGGAGCUCUUGGGCAGCGAAGCAGAGGGUGAAGAUGUUCCUGCUAUCGCCGGCUACACGGCACCUAUUGCCCAGCUUGCUGGAGAGAUUGAGCGGCGCCUCAAGGGGCAGAGUGGUGCCGCCAGUCGGUCAGCCAGCAAGACUUCAGGCUCCCCUAGCUGA